UGAGUAGCAUUGCGCACAGCAUAUGCUGUGCUAGGUGAGAGACUGCGCUCUGCCAUUCUCACGUAUCCCCUUUCCUACUCGGUACCGAAUCUUGUGUUCUGAACUCCAGCAUGGCAUCCAGCUCUUCUGUUGAUCCGUCUCUGCCUCGUCUGGAACCACUCUUCGACCCUUUCGACUCGCAAGCCGAGUCCGUGGCUUUGCAGCAGAUAAUUCAACUGCUCGGCCUCCAAAAUCAUCCGGAAGGUGGCUACUUUGUCGAGACGGACCGUGAUGCUCUUCGCAUUCCAAGCCCUUUCGCUCUGACAAGGACGGACCCUACAGCUGACAUUCUUGUCGAUACCCGGAGUGCCAUGACAACCAUCCAUUACCUUCUAACACCCAAAAGCUCCCUAGGCCACUUUCACCGCAACAAAGGCCGUACUGUGCAUACGCUGCACAAAGGACGAGGCCGCUACGUCAUUAUCCAUGCGGACGAGGCUGCCUCAUCCUCGUGUCCUGGCGGGUAUGGUGGGAGUCAGAGCUUGACCGAGGAGCAACGCUGGGUCGGCAAGGCGCGCGUGGAGACUUUCAUCGUGGGCCAGAAUGUUCUGGCAGGCGAGAGGUUACAGUGGAUUGUCGAUGGAGGCAAGUACAAAGCAUCUUUCCUUUUGCCGGACGUAGAGGGCGGGCAGACUUGCGAAGAAGGUCUGCUGAUUAGCGAGACUGUUGUGCCGGGCUUUGAGUUCUCUGAUCACGACUUCAUGCGGGAGGAAAGACUGAAGGCAUUGGUCACAGAACCUCAAGCCCAAGAAAUGGCGUGGAUGGUUCGGAAAGAGUGAUGCAUGGCCGACCUAGCGCCACGUUCUCAUACCGCCGCUGAACACGGCUACAGCACAACGUCAUGACCGUGGCCGUCACGCUACUAGUGCAAACAGAGAGUUGGCCCGCGCAGGCAUGUGCCCAUCCCACCACUACCUUCGAACGCCAUGCGCAGAAGUGGCGAUCGGAACAAUCUUACGGCGCAGGAGAGUGUAGACCAGAUCGCAGUUGCACUCCGCAUGCAGCAGGUCGCCUAGGUCG